AUGGAAAACUCAACCACAAACAAAGAUCACAAAGGCUUAGCCAAGCCGAAGUUCAGGCUAUUGCAUUUGGAAUCUGGAACUGGAAACCAACAACUUUGUGCGACGAUCCAUGUCGAGGACAUAGACAUUGCAGCCGCCAAUGGUUACAUCUGCUUGUCCUAUGUCUGGGGUACGGAAAUUUCCACAGAACACAUCAAGGUUGACGGGGACGAAAUUUCUAUCCAUGAGAGCUUACUUACUAGUCUUCGGCACAUCAGAAAGCCGCAAGAGACGUUAGUUCUUUGGAUUGAUGCUCUAUGCGUAGACCAAAAUGAUCUGGAUGAGAAAGCUAGUCAAAUAGCAAAUCUAGGAGAGAUAUUUUCGAGGUGCUCACUUGUUUACAUAUGGCUUGGAGCGCCACCCAAUAAUAUUCCUGCCACAGGGAAUCCGUUUCAAUUGAUUCAAAACUUUUCGGAUAACAAGCACCAUCAUGAAGUUUGUAUGGAGCCGCGGGAUAGAAUAUUCUCGGUUCUUGCUAUGGCUCAGUCAUUGACCAUGAAGUCGUAUCGGCCUAACUACAGCGCCAAAUUGACCGAAGUGUACACAGAAGUGUUCAAACUGAUGCUGCAAGAGACCGGUAAUGAUUAUCGAUGCAUGAUAGGACCUGCAUUUGGUUCGGAUCAUUCAAAUCUCCCUUCAUGGGUUCCUGAUUUUUCAGUUACCAUACCGCUCGUGGAAGUCGAAGCUGUGAUCCGAAGAAUCUCAUCAUCCACGUUGUGUGAGGCUUCGGGUAAAAAAUUCGGAGAAUUUCAAAUUCACGGACCAGAACUCUCAGUAUCAGGCCGGUGGCUAGACACGAUUUCGAUCGUAGGUUCCUUACUGCCGACUGUCAAUAUUCCGGCGGAGUCGCUGAAGAGUAUACUAAUGAAUUGGAAAAGCUUAUGUGAAAGUAUAUUAGGAGCUUGUAGAGAGGUUUCUGCUCGCAUAGCUCUAUCCCGUGCCAUAUGUGCUUCCAAAAUAGCUGACGGAGUGUCUCUGUAUGGACGUCACCGUGGAUGGAGACAAAUCAAGACAAGCGAUCUUCCCAGUAUGGAAGAGUGGAACCAAUUCUUGGGCGGAGAUGUGUGGACGUUACAAGAAGAAUACAGAAGGGCAUUUGAGAUAGCCAGCACGGGUCGUUGCUUCUACGUCACCAGAAACGGAAAGAUGGGCCUUUGUUACCCGCAGGUAAAGACUGGCGAUCAGGUCUGGGUCUUGAAUAAUUCCAACUCGCCUUCCGUAUUGAGAAAAGUUGACAGUGAAAGUAGUAAUGCUCGGCUGUAUAGGUUUAUUGGGGAUUGUUAUCUUGACGACACAAUAGAUGAAGAGGUUGUUAAAGAAACGAAGGAAGGAAGCUGUAUCACUCUAGUUUGA